AUGCGGUCUUGUUUGUGCCUCUAUGUUAGGGUCCUUUCUUCUCGAUCAGGGCGCUCCCUACCGGCGAACCUGCAACUACGAAAUGGCACUGCGCGUACUCUGUUUCGUCCGACUAAAGCAAGAAAAAUGAUGGAAACAGAGCCUGAAGAAAAUGAACCAUCUGAAUCAUUUUAUAAACAAGUACAAGGAGAAAUUCCUAAUGAAGAUCCUUUAAAACUUAAUGGAGACAUCAAUGGAUCACGGUUUCCUAUACCAUCUCCAUAUGAUGAUUCGUAUCGGGAAGAGGAUGAGGAAGAAGAAGAGGAAGAAGCCUCUUCAGAAGCACAUACUAAUGGUGAAGUAACUGUUGAAUUAGUGCCUUCACAAGAAAAUGGAGUAGAUAACAUGGAUGUAGAUAGUGAAAUUAUGCAUGAUGAUGAACCAAUGGAUGCUAGUGAUGUUAAUGGAGAUGUUAAGUCACCCGUUAUUGACAGUGAUAGUUAUAAUUCCGUUAAAAAACUUGGUGUAUCGGAUGUUUCUGAUGAGGAUAGUGUUAGUGCAAUAGAAAGAAAUGAAAAUUCAGAAAAUGUCGAUCCGUUAGCAAUCAGUGAACCUGAGGGUAAUAAAGAUGGAGAAAGUGGUGAUGCGCAAGAAGACAACAUUGGUUAUGACGAAGAAAUUAAAAUUACUGAAGAAAGGACAAUGUCGGAAUCGACUACAAGCAAAGAUAUGGAAGACUUAGCUAGGUUAAGCUCCCAUGGAUCUCUUGAAAUUACAUUAGUUAAAACUCCUAUGAAAUGUACUUCAAUUCGUAAAGAGGAAGAACCUAAAGAUGAAAUCAGUGUUCAUUCUGGUGAUAAAGAAGACAAGGAAGCAGAAGACUUAUCUUACAAAACUCCCGAAAAAGGUCCUGAUGAUGAAGACUCUGUUAUUGAAGUUUCUCCUGAAAAAACUCCUUCUAAAAAGAAAAAAGAAAAACUUCCACCUACUCCACCAAGUGUGCCUCCUCGCAGGAGUUCUCGCAACCUAAAUAAAACUAAAUCUUAUGCUGAUAAAGAUAUCUUUAUUGAUGAUUUGGAUAAAAAAUCUGAUGAUGAAGUUGAAGAAGUAAUUCUUACUGAUCCGUUAGCUGAUGUUGGAAAAAAGACACCCAAGAAAACUACAAUCGUUGUAAAUGAUACUAAGAAAUUAGUUGAAAUAGCUGCUGGCAGUAAGCAACCUCGGGGAGCCAAAAAGGAACCAACCCUGGUCAUAAUUGAUACCAAUUCAAUUCUUUCCGGUAAGGGAGCUGUUCCUGUUGGUCAAGCCACACUCCCUCAAAUGAGCAUAACUCCUUCAGGCAGGUCAUCUUCAGGAUUUUCAAUGUUACCUGUUCCAGCUGCAUUUGUGAAACAGUCUUCUAAGUCAGUCGUAACUGCAACACCAGUACCCCAGCAACCAGCACCUCCUCCUGCACAGCCUAAACCAGCUGUAUUACCUUCAUUAACUGAUGAUAUGUUUGUAGUUGAAGCUCCAUCAUUUAUAGUCCCUUAUGUUUAUGAAAAACCUCCAGUGACAGCAUUAAAAGAAUAUGUGAAAGAUCUUGAAAAAGCUAUUAAAGAACAUGAAAAAGAGGAGAGGAAAAGAAGGAAAGAGGAAAAGGAGAAAAAAGAAGAUAAAGCUGAUGACAAAGUGUUGUCUGAUAAAACUGAUGAUAAAAUGUCAGUUGAUAAGGAAGAUGAAAAAGGUGAACCAUCUAAGCCUCUCUCUGAAGUUUCUGUAGAAGCUGAUUCAAAACCGGAAAGUGAGACAGUAUUAGAUACUAACGAUGAUACAAAAAAAAAUCAUGCUGAAACAGAAGUAGUACCUACUGAAAAUGAUGAAAAAAGUAUUCAAAAGGAUGAAAAGGAGUGUAAAAGUGAUACAGAGACAGAUGAAGAAGGAAAAGAUAGUGAUUCAUCCAGCCGAAAAGAUAGUGAUGGUGUUGAAAUGCUUCAUGAAACCAAGAAAAAGAGUGAAUCAUAUUUUGAUGGACCACUUGGAAAGUUUUUUAUGCAAAUAGGUGUUAACUUAGUUCAAGAGCAUGUUCAAUCAGAUUUGUUACGAAAUCAAAAACGAAAACGAGAUAAAGAAGGAGAAAAUUGCCCUUUAGAGGUUCAUAUGGCAAUAUCUUCACUAACCAAGACUCUUGAGUUUAGUAAAGAAAACAACGAACCUUACAAAUUAGACUUGAAGAAAUGUAAAUUAUGUAAUUUUAAAACUGAAUCUGCUCUUGUUAUGGCACAUCACUUAGAAACUCCUCACAUGAGGAAUUAUGUUUAUAGAUGCAACUUUUGUACUAUGGAAGUUCGAAGUCCACAUGACAUUCUUUUUCAUAUGGAAGCUGAGCAUAAUGUUAGAGGGAGGUUAGAAAGAGCACCCGCUUUUCAUCAGUGCCCCAAUUGCCCAUUUGAAGAUAACCAAAAAGGAAAACUUAGUCGGCAUCUACUUUCUUGUGCCAAGAAGUACAAACCGGAAAGGAAUCAGGAACCUACAUUGGAUUGGGAACCACCUGCUAAAAUUCCAAGAGUUCGAGGCCCUAGAGCUGCUGGACUUGGUCUGGGUGCUUACCAGCCCUCGAUUGCCCCCAGGGGGGUUGCCCCGCCUGUUGGGGGGAGAUUACCCUCCCCCUCGGCGGGACAUUCCCUUCUUCCUAGGGGCAGAGGGAGGCCGCCAAUAUAUGUCAACCGGUCUGUCAGCGGGGAUGCUAGGCAUCAUGCCAAAACACUCUCCGCAAUUCGACCAGGUGUCGUAUUCAGGCCAUCUGGUUCAAAUGCCCAGCCACAAGUCCUUUUACCUUCUAGCUACCCAAUGGCUACUAAUUCCUUAUACCAGGUUGACAAUGCGUCUGGUUUGCCCCUUCCACUGCCUAUUGCUCUAGUAUCAAAUGCAGGCUCCUACUCACAGAAUCCAGCUGCUGUUGCUGCUGCUGGAGCUACGGCAAAGCUGUUGCAGCAACCAUCCAUUUCUAUUACUCCUCUCCCAAGGCAACAAGGUGCUACCACAGCAACUUCUGCUUUGGCAAAACCUGGUCGCCCACCAGGUUCUGUCAAAACAACAUUUGUCAUCUGUGAAAUAUGUGAUGGUUAUAUAAAGGACUUAGAACAACUCCGAAAUCAUAUGCAAUGGAUUCAUAAAGUGAAAAUCCAUCCAAAAAUGAUCUACAAUAGGCCACCUCUCAAUUGCCAAAAAUGCCAAUUCAGGUUUUUCACAGAUCAAGGCUUGGAAAGGCAUUUGCUUGGUUCACAUGGUCUUGUAACCUCAAGUAUGCAGGAAGCUGCUAACAAGGGAAGGGAUGGUGGUCGCUGUCCAGUUUGCGGUCGGGUAUACCAGUGGAAACUUCUGAACCACGUCGCAAGAGACCAUUCAAUGUCACUGAAACCUGCACACUUGUCCUAUAAAUGUACUGUCUGCACAGCAACAUUCGGGAUGUAUAAACAGUUCGAAAAUCACGUUUAUUCAGCUCACUCUGUAGUCGCAAAGAGAGUGAUGGAAAAGAAGUCUUCGGGCCAGCAGCCUUCUACUUCUUCAUCAUCACCAUCGUCUACCUCUCAGAGUGACUCAUACCAACCUCUGAAACCACUCAAAAUAAAUGAUGAAAUCACAAUUAUACCUCAACCUGCAAGGGCCAAAACGAAACCUCAGCCAGCACCUGCAAAGACUAAUAAGGUAUGGUCCGAGGAAAUAUAUAUUGUCUGUGGAUGGAGGGGAAGAGAAGAGAAGACUCUUCUCUUCCCCUCCAUCCACAUUAGUUACAAAGAUGUAACUAGACAUAAAGAUGUAUGUGGGACAGAGAUAGGAUCGAGACUGCUUCAGGGUACUUAA